UAUAAAUAGUGAAUGUUGUAUCAAUAUUAGAUUCGGUCUUAGUGCAUCAUGAGCAAUAUUUUGCGCUUAAGUUCAUUUCUCUGCUUCAUUUACAUAAUUGUAAAUGCAAAGGAAAUCGAAAUUAACGAAACUCAGAAUAUUCUACAAAAUGCAUGGGAAACUUGUAAAACUAUCAGACAUGAUGGAUUAAGUUGGGAAGAGUAUUGUAAGAAAUUCGACGCAGGGUGUGAAAGCCAUUAUGGUACCAUCGCCUGCUAUUGCAAACCAGGUUUAAUAUUUGCAAACGGUGCUUGUCUAGAAACUUGUGAAACUGUUAGACAAUAUGAAAAAUCUUGGAAACAGCAUUGUGCGGAUUUGAAUGCAAUAUGUGAAAUUAAUGAUGUUGGUAGGGCGACAUGCAAAUGCAGAACCGGUUUAGAAUACAGAAAUGAUGCUUGCCAAGGUCCAUGCGAGGAUGAACAGAAAUGCAAACAUAAACCUGGAACAGAAUGUAUCAACUACGGUAUUGGGGAUGAGUGUGUCUGUACAGAUAGAAGUAAAACGUUCGAUGACUACUAUAAUAUGUGUAUAGGUCCAUGCGAGGAUGAACAGAAAUGCAAACAUAAACCUGGAACAGAAUGUAUCAACUACGGUAUUGGGGAUGAGUGUGUCUGUACAGAUAGAAGUAAAACGUUCGAUGACUACUAUAAUAUGUGUAUAGGUCCAUGCGAGGAUGAACAGAAAUGCAAACAUAAACCUGGAACAGAAUGUAUCAACUACGGUAUUGGGGAUAAGUGUGUUUGUACAGAUAGAAGUAAAACGUUCGAUGACUACUAUAAUAUGUGUAUAGAUCUCUGCAAAAGUAAUCAGACUGUAAUUGAUAAAUGCAGAAAAGAAAAUAAGACAUGUAUUCCUACUACAAGAGAUCCAUAUUUUAAGUGUGAUCAGUGCUUGCCAGGAUUUAAAGAGAGUGGAGAUGAUGAUAACCAUUGCAUUGAUUAUUGUGAAAAAAACGAAGCAGGAUAUAAGAGCUGCUCUGAAAUCAAUAGAGUAUGCGAAUUUUCUAAAGAAGAACCAUUUUUUCGAUGCACAGAUUGUUUGAAAGGUUUCAAAGCAGAUGAUAAUAAUUGUGUCCGUUCGUGCGAUUAUAAUUUCGAAAGAAAAUGCAAAAGUAACGGUGGAAAGGAAUGUUUCAAGGAAGGUUAUAAGGAUAAGUGUAUCUGUAAAGAUAAGCGGAAAACGUUCGACCACGACAAAGGAAUGUGUAUUGGUAAGACCUCUACCUCGUUCUCCGCAGCAAAUGUCUCAAGCGGAUAUGCAAAAAAGAGAGCGGGACAGAACGCCCAAGGAAAAUUCCAGGGAAACGGAAAUGGAAAAGCAAUUGGAAGUUCUAAGGAGCGAAGAAUUUCGACAAGUGGAAGAAGAAUAUUUAAAAGUAGUUUCGAGGAUACAAGAAAUCCGAAAAUACACGAAUAUUUUGAAAAGUUAAAAUACACUAAACCAGAGGGAAAUUUUUUACAACUUAAUGCGGAAUUACAGGGAAUAAGGACAGAAGUUAAGUCAUUGAAAGAGGAAAAUAAUUAUUCUCGAGAAUUAACAAGAUUGCCACAGAGAGUAGAAGAAAUGAAAGUUAUACCUAAGAAUCUAGUCAAAUAA